AUGUAUUAUCUUUGGCGUGCACCUGAGCUUGCAAGAGAGUUGAUCCCAGUCCCUCGAGCAACAGCCAAAGGUGAUAUUUACAGUUUUGCAAUUAUAUGUCAAGAGAUUAUCUAUAGAAAAUCAGUUUUCUACAUCAAGGACCAAUCCCUUCCUAUGGAGACAAUUAUAGAUCGGGUUCGAGCAGGUCCCACAGAGGCUAAUCCCAUCCCUUUACGACCCACCCUCGAGGUUAAAGAUGAAGUAUCCGAGGAUCUGAUAAAACUGAUCUCCAGGGCUUGGGUGGAGGAUCCUCAUCUACGACCUUCCUUCCUCGCCAUCAAAGUGGAGCUUGGAAAGAUGAAGCAGUAA